CGCCAUUUUCGUUCAAAGGGACACAAAGUGGCCUUCCUUGGUUACGCGAAAUACGUUUUCUUAAUUCCCAGUUGAUCAGACGGUUUAAAAAUGAGUGACAGAGAGGUCAGCCGAUCUCGCUCCCCUUCAAUGGAAUCCAGGGGAUCACCUCCAUCAGAAGGAUCCAAACACUCGAAGAUGUCAAAGUCCAAGCGAUCACGAUCGUACUCACGGUCCCCUUCCCGCUCACGAUCCAGGUCUCGAGGUCGCAGAUACAGACGCUCCUACUCCAGAUCAAGGUCCCGGAGUUACAGUAGACGGAGGCGUCACCAUCACUCUCGCUCUAGAUCAGGCUCGAGGAAUCGCAGCCGGUACAGGCGCCGCAGCAGACACUCUCGCAGCAGAAGCAACGAGUACAGGCGGCGUGAUGGGUACAGUGACAGGAGGAGAGGGUAUUACCGCAGCCAUAGCCGAUCACCCAUGUCUGGCCGACGCAGACACCAGGGAAACAGGGAGAAUCCAGAGCCGACACGAUGUCUGGGUAUAUUUGGGCUGAGUCUGUACACACAGGAGCGUGAGCUGAGGGACGUUUUCUCCAAGUUUGGCGCCCUGGAGGAGGUACAGGUCGUCUACGACCGACAGAGUGGAAGAUCCAGGGGAUUUGCAUUCAUAUAUUUUCGAUCAACUGAUGAUUCAAUUGAGGCCAAAGAGCGAUGUAAUGGUAUAGAGAUAGACGGUCGGCGAAUCCGUGUGGACUACUCCAUCACAGAGCGUGCCCACACGCCUACACCGGGAAUAUACCUCGGCAAACCUACCACACGGAGGCGCUCACCUUCCCCUCCCCAGCGCUAUGCUCGCUACUCAUACUCCCGUUCUCGCUCAAGAUCGUACUCCCCACGUUGGGAGGAAGAAAGAAAAAUGAAGAUAGAAAAUUGAAGAUUUGAAGUCCAUGUUUGAAAAAUCGAAGAAAUCUUGUUCGAAUAUUGAAGUUUUUGAAGAAAGAAGUGGUUGAAAGGUUACAGAUGUAGUGAUGAUGGUCAAAACGGAAAGAAAUGGCCCUCCGCUGAGAAAACCGUUAUCGAAGUUAUUGAAAACGGAAGAAUACGUGCAUUGAAAAAUGAAGAUUAGAAGCGGAAUGGUAACAACGAGCGAAGAAAAGGCAUCUAUGAAGAUAAAAUUUGGCAAAUUGAAAACAGGUUUGUAAAUGUACCGUCAUUGAUCCCCUUGAAGGCCUCGUCAAUUUUGUUUCUAGGUGCAGUGCGAAUUCUGAGGGAUGAGUAGUCUGUUUCCCUAUCAAAUAUAUAAAUUCUUCAUUGUAAUAAUUUUAAUGCCUACAACCAAAAAUAUUGCCACAAUUAAUACAACUUGAAUAGUGCUAAACUGUGAAAUUUUUUAAAAAAAGGCUAAAAGCGUUAAAAACCUACUCUGCAUGGCUGCUAAUUUAGAUAACUUGCAGAUAAAAUGACCCAGCUCCAGCCGCGAAUCACCAUUUGUGUGGAAAUUUUUUUCGGGAUUGAAUUAAGCAAACUUCCUCAAUUCUUCAAGUUUUAUGUGUAAGAUAGACUUUUCCUCAACGCAGCUUUACAAAGUACAGCAGGAGUGCCUUUUCUCAUUAGUGUCAGCUUGGGCGUCCGAUAACGGUUAUUAAUGGUAAUGGUGUGUAGUGUAAUCAAAUCCCGAGGUGUUACAAUCACGACACUACACGUAACACUUGCUACCAGUAAUGUAAUUGUCAUUCUCGUAGCUCGUAACUAAUACAACUCACAGUGUAAUAAUUAUAACAUUACAGGAUUUUAUUACAUUACCAGCAUCUGCAGUGGUGGCAUCUUUCAAAAUACAGCUUGUGCUGAGCUCAUGGUUUGCAUACGUGAAGCAGAGAAACACAAAUAGGACAUUCCGUAGUUUAUAGGGGGCCUCCGUGGCUGAGGCGGUUAGCACGCCAGCGCGUGUACACAACAAUUAUCAUAAAUUACAAAAUUAUUCAUUUAGUCUCUGUGGUUUGCAAGAGGCAGCUUUUCGGUAAAUGCUAAGGGUGAUAUGUCAAAUAGUACUGCAUGUGUUGAACUCGGGUUUUGCAUACAAUGACAUGGGAGGGAUGUUCCAUCUUAGCUGAAUUACGUGUUAAAAUUACAAAAUACAUGACAGUCUCUUUCAAGCAUUAGAAUCCAAAUCAUGGUAAAUGUAAAGUUGAUAUCCCAAAAAGUACUUCGUUUAUCUAGCUGAAGUUGUGCAUUGAUUUGUCUCUUGUCACCGAGCUGCUCAAUCGCGCUGUAAUUUUGAAUAGAUUUGUUUCAGUAAGUGUAAGGAAUGAGAAGAAAAAAGGAGAGAACAAUAGGAAGUGGAGGACAAGUGAAAAGUGUUGUUGGUAAAAGGUUUAGUUGUCUGUCCCAUUGACUGAGGAAGAAAUUUUCUGUCAGGUCUUAGGCUAAGAAUGGCAGACAAGGUUUCAAGUUUGCCUGACUAAAUUUCUCUCUGGCUGAAACUUCGAUGUAUGUAAGACAACCAGCAUUUGACCAAUGUGGUCACAUGUUCGAAUCCAGCUCAUGCUGUGUUGACUGUGGCUUUGUGGGUGGGGUAGUUGCGUGCACCUGUAAAACCGACUUCCGUGAUACGAAUGAAAUAUUCUUUAGAUAUCAAGCCCUUGGAAAUCCUUGAAAAACAUUCUCUUUCAACAUCAGGAACCUUGACUUACGAAACUUCAGUGUGUACUACGAUGUCUUUGUGCAGAUUUACCUUUUUACAGCACAAAUGCAUGAAGAAAAGAAGAAAAAAUGGCGACGUUGAAAACCGUGUCACAUUCCAUUCUGUUGACUGCAGUCUGGGUGGUAUGACACGCCAUCUCACUGAAGUGAGAUUUAAAAGGAUCUGUUUUCACUUUCAGUUAAGGUGAUGUGAAGAAUCUUCUAAUCACAGUGCCGUCGGUUACAUUCUUUGUUUGAAGCUGUCCGACAUAGGUACCAGUCAAAAUCGGCGUUUCAGUCCUCAUAUGAUUGGAAGAGCCGACUUCACUUCCCUACCCUAAAUACGGACGCAAAAUGUGAUUGGACAGUUAAUAUCAGACGGAUACAGAGUGUACUGUAAUUCUUCAACCUAUUCGCAUGUUUGCAAGGUGUUUGAUAAAAUUACAUUUUUUUUUUCGAAGCCCUGCAAUGUAGUUUUCUCUUCAGUAUAAAAUUAAAAAUGUGCAUAAAUUGCACUGAAAGUUAUUCCAUGUGCAAAAAUGUUGAGGAAUUAGGAUAGUUGUUUCGUCAGAUACAUGAACACCUAGCGACUAACUAGUGGAAUAAAUACCGCUACUAGAUAUAAAGAUGGAAUUUUAGAUAGAUUGCAUGCAAUAACCCAUCUAAACCUUCAAAUCAGAUCGCCAUUGUUUUAAAACAAAUAUGCAUGACACGAUCAAGAAAAAAAUGUCUUUGGUCAAGAAAAAAGUGCGGCAAUGGUGAUCUGAUCGCUAGAUUUGAGGUAUUACGGUUGUCUAGGAUGUACUUUUGAUCGUCACAAAUCUCCACAAACCAGCUUUAGAACGCCACGAAGUAAUCCUAAUUCAAAAUUUCAUAUCACUUAAGGGAACCUCAGUGUGUGAGGGGAUUAGCACGACGCAAAGACCAAGGUGCCUCUCACUAAUGCGAUCGCUGUGUGUGUUCAAGUCAUGCUGGCCUCCUCUCUGGUCGUAAGUGGUAAUAGUCGUGGGUUACUUAAAUUACUUGAAAAAUUAUUUCUUAUGUAACAAGGUCAGAAGUUUGCUGGGUAAUGUAAACUCUGGGCAAGUUUUUGUAGCUAAAAUAAGGGAAAGGAACAUAAAUUUUAUUAAAAUUUUGACUUAAGUCUAAGAUCGCUUCGUGAUUCCGGGGCCAGGGACCGUACUUUUACGAAAGGAAGCAAUGUUAUAUUAAAAAGAAAAAUACGAAUUCGCUACACACACCUACCCUCUGUCCUCCCUCCCCCGCCAAGCAUACCUGCAUACAUACAUGCACUCCCGACCCAAACACCAAGAGGCGUAUAUAUUUAAGAGAUACGGUAAGUGAUCUACCUUAAGAAUAUUUAGUUGAACCUGUCACGUUUAUCACAGGACCGAAGGCUUUUCUGUGCCACGAAUACUGAUUAUGAUAGUGCGCUUUGAUAAACCUGGUAUUUGUGUCUUGUUCAUUUAUUUGUCUGUCGUUUUACAUUUAAUAGUUAUUAUUUACGAAAAGUGUUAUGAAAAAUGCUGUAUAUAUGGUAAGUGGUUACAUUUGCAUUCAAAUAUGAUGAAAUUCGACGGACAUGUUGGCCUCCGUCCGUAAGUUACUCGGUUCAAUUGCUGUUCAGUUUAAGUGGAUAGGAAAUGGAG